AUGCGCUACAUUGACAAAGCUAAAUCUAUCUAUCUAUCUAUCUAUCUAUCUAUCUAUCUAUCUAUCUAUCUAUCUAUCUAUCUAUUUAAUAAUUUUUUCUCCAAAUCUAUCUAUCUAUCUAUCUAUCUAUCUAUCUAUCUAUCUAUCUAUCUAUCUAUCUAUCUAUCUAUCUAUAAUACCUGUCUUUCAAUCUCUUCCUCUAUCUAUCUACAUAUUUAUGUAUCGAUCUAUAAUAUAUGUCUUUCAAUCUCUUCCUCUAUCUAUCUAUCUAUCUAUCUAUCUAUCUAUCUAUCUGUCUGCAUAUCUAUGUAUCUAUCGAUUUAUAAUAUUUAUGUCUUUCAAUCUCUUCAUCUAUCUAUCUAUAUAUCAGCAUAUCUAUGUAUCUAUCUAUCGAUGUAUAAUAUCCAUCUAUGUCUUUCAAUCUAUCUAUCAGCAUAUCUAUAUAUCUAUCGAUCGAUGUAUAAUAGCUAUCUAUGUCUUUCAAUCUCUUCAUCUAUCUAUCUCAGCAUAUUUUCACAAAUUUUAUCUACGUGUUGUAUUUCGUUUUUUUUUAUUUUUUGUUUUUUUUUCGUUUUUAUUUUCUUUCGCUUUCAUAUUCUUUUAUCUUCUCUUUCAUAUUUCUUCUUCUUCGUCUUUUUCAACUUUCUUUUUAAUCAUCUUUCUUCUUUUUAUCUUUCAUCAACACCCGACUUCACUUCUUCUUCUUCUUCUUCUUCUUCUUCUUCUUCUUCUUCUUCUUCUUCUUCAACUUGCUCAUUAUUAUCACCAUAUAAAACAUCAUUCUUUUUUUUUCUUACCUUUUCUUCUUUCGUUAAUCACGUCGACCUUUCUUCAGUUUGCACCUCUCUUCCAUCAUUCACACUCAGUAAUUCACCUCUAUGUUCAUAUUCUUAUAAACUAAUUUAA